AUGAGCCAGAUCAACAUCGAAUCCCAGCUACGAUAUUUCCAAGACCAGAAGUACCCAACUGUAGAACAGACGGUCAGCAACAACGCCUCAGUUCUCUAUAAACGAAAGAAGUUCUUUCUCGAAGAUUUACGCCAGACAGUACAGUAUCUUGGAUUUAUCCUAUUGGCGAUUGUCUAUUUAAGAGAUUUAUCGAUGGUUCAAUUAGGUAUGAGAGCAUUCUCCCAGUUUUCCAUUUCUAAUCCGUUUCCUACAGCACACAACAUUUUACUUUCAGACGAAAACAAACGGGCCAUAUCCAAAUUUUUGCUUGUUGGAAUUAUUAUGGGGAAUGGCCUUUGUAUUAUAAUCCAUAUAUUGUUUGGAAGGUAUUCAAAAAGUCCGUAUCCUGACGGAUAUUUGUAUGGUGGGCUCACAGUUCAAUUUAUAGGUGAAAGAAUACCAUAUUCGACAUGGGAGCUACUUGCUCUUGAUGUACUCGUACUUGGUGUUCAAUUGGUGUUCCACAGUCUAAUGUGUGAAACCAGAGAUUCCGAAGUGCUCGAGCUGAAGAAACUUGAAGUCAACUUCUCAGAUGGAGAAACCAUAGAUAAAGCUUAUAUAGAGAGCGAUGGCUACAACGGCAAUGUCUACUUGUUGACUAUAGACUUUCUCAAGACUUCUAGAAAGGUUCUCAGCUAUGUGGAUGUACUAAACACGAAUAUGGGGCAGGCCCCAGUGGUCCCACCUCCAGGGGCGUAUCCAGAGGAAUAG